AUGAGCACGCUUACUGCUAUGGCUGCAGGAUACGGGGUGAUGGCGGAUGACGGCACCAUUGACUACUCCGUACAUGAAGCCUGGAAUGAAGCCACCAACGUCUACUUGAUAGUGAUACUUGUGAGCUUCGGUCUCUUCAUGUACGCCAGGAAGAACAAAAGGAAGAUUAUGAGGAUAUUUACAGUGCCGCCGACAGUGGAGACGGCAUCAGAGUCUAAUUUUUAUGAUGAUGUGAAGAAGAUCCGCUUGCGCCAACAGCUGGAGAUGUACUACAUUGCUCGGAAACAUGAUCAAAAUGACAGCGUUCAGGUCACAAUGGAUUGACAAGCUGGAAAUACAUUGGGAAGUUUUCCUUUAUGGCAGCGACUUGACGGAACGUCUACUAGG